AUGCCCUCGAGUUACAAUGUGAGAUCCAGGGCGAGGGAGCGAAACAACGUCCUGGGGAGACCUGAGUUCAUGUCCCUGAACCAGCCGCCCGCAAGAAGCGGAGGCCCAUCUGAAAGCCGAGGCAGUGCAAGGCGAGCCGGUCAAAUCAAACACCAAACAAGCCAGUCAUGUGAAGAACCUACCGACAGCGGCAGCAAGGACAGGAGAGAGUCCAGCAAAAUGCCAGAGGAAGACUGUAUGCAGCUGAACCCUUCAUUCAAGGGAAUAGCGAUGAACUCCCUCCUCGCCAUUGAUAUCUCUCUGUCCAAGCGCAUGGGGGUGUGCGCCUACACGUCGUCCUCGUGGGGAGGCUGCCGCUCCAUGGUCGGCCUGUUAGCAUUUACAGGGCACGGCAUCACGUGGAUCAUUGGCACCAUAGUGUGUCUCACGAGAAGUAACACUCUGGCUGGGCAAGAGGUCCUGGUCAACCUGCUGCUUGCCCUCAUCCUUGACGUCAUGACUGUGGCUGGGGUCCAGAGACUGGUGAAGCGCAGAGGACCCUGGGAGAUGAUGCCAGGCUUCAUGGACUGUGUCGCCAUGGACAUGUACUCCUUUCCUGCUGCACAUGCCAGCCGGGCUGCCAUGGUCUCCAAGUUCUUGCUGUCCCACCUGGUCCUGGCUGUGCCGCUUCGCAUCCUGUUGGUGCUCUGGGCCUUCCUGGUGGGCAUUUCCCGGGUGGUGCUGGGGAAACACCACCUUACAGAUAUGGUGUGUGGCUUUGCUCUGGGCUUGUUCCACUUUAGUUUGAUGGAGACAGUGUGGCUCUCAUCAAAUACCUGCCAGACUCUUAUUUCCAUAAGCACCUUCAGCUGGAGCCCAUUUUUCUGAGCUUUUGACAUGAGGAUAGCACACAGGGCUCAUUUGAUACUUGCAAUGUCAAGGAC